AUGAGUGCGCAUCGUAGGAGAAGUCGCACUUGGUCGCAAAACCGCGGAAAUGGUAGUAUGCCCGAUGCGUUCGGGUCCAUACAGGAAGAAGGAAUCAGCGCCACUCCAUACUCUGCGCAAAUAGGAACAGUACGGCAAGGGCCACUUUGUAUCGGUCUUGCGUUGCUUUUCGUUAUCCCGAUGUUACAAGAGGCUCAUAACGACGUCAGAGCUGGAGGGGCAUGGGUACCAGUACGAGACUCCUCGGAAAAUGUCGUGCAGGGUUUUGAUCCCAAGCAACAGCAGCAAUCACCCCACUCAAUACCAGACCCCGUAAAAGAGAUGGAAGAGGCCAACUUAGAACGAUGCUUACUUCAAAGUAUUAAAUCGGAUACGGACGGAACGGUCUCGAAAGAGCGGCUUAUAGUCGAGGCACCGAACCGAGUGCUCGUAGCCGUAACGGAAAAGGAAACAUCGGAUUGGAUAUUGCUACAACACGCAGGGAUCUUGAUUCCUCCCAGGACCAAGCAACCAUCACUAACACCUGUUGAAGGACAAAUCCUGCACUCGUCCACACAUCCUUUUGACUUGGCGAAGAAGAUGAGCCGCGAACAGCUCGGGCUCGUCUCGCCACAUACAUCGCAACUUUACGCCUCUCGAGAGCAAAUACAGUUCGAUGUGGAAGGAAUCUUAGACGGUACUCUACCUUCCAAGUUACAAGACGAUACGCAUUGGAAAUAUCUGGGUCGGUAUCGGAACGAUGCAGAUUACGGUGGCGGCUUUACCUUUGUCUAUUUCUUGAAAAAUGCUGUCACAGUCAAGAGUAAUUCCGUAAAUACUAGCCGGCUACUCCCGGAUCCUUGGAGCCGAAUCCCAAAUCAGAUCUCCCUGUCGACAGCACAAGUCCGUAACGCGCUCACAGCGGGAGAGUUUGGGACGCUAGCAAGUGCGCUUGCGAUCAGUCUCGCCUUGCAGCACGUCUAG